CCUCACUGGUCCGGGGAAGUACAGUGCUUCAUCUACAGAACAUAAUUUAGUUACCAUUGCAUAGGCUACAGCCUAGAGAAGAGCUGGAUGCAAGAAUGCAAAUGAGAACAUCCUCUUCAAAGGGAGAAGCUGUUUGAAUAAUCUGGAGCAAUUGUCGGGUGAUUGAGUGUACCCACCAUGCAGGACAUCAGUGAUAAAGAGUCAGCAGAAGACACUCCAUCAACACCAUGGCCUGGCAGCAAAGGUGACUGUCAACAGACUGACGAUUCAAGUGGUAAAGAGACACAACUGGAGAGCUUAUUGGAGGAUCUGGGGUUGGAGCACCACUACACAGAGAAGCUGUCCCUGGGCACAGUACUUCAGAUUGAAGAGAGGACCAUUACUGAUGAACCUGCCAAGUGUAUUUCAGAUCUUCCAUGGUACUUUCUAAAGAAACUGAUGAUGGUUAAUGUGACAGCUAGAAAUGUGAAAUGUACAUCAGAAUGUGAAUCAACCUGUGAGGAUGCUUCAGGAAAUACAGAGUUAGAUCUUGAUGAUCUGUUUGAUAGUCUACAUUCAGGUGACGUGCUAAACCCCCUUGACAUAAUCACUGCUCUCUUUCUGUGUUCUGACGGUUUUGUACGGCAGGAAAUGGCACUCAAAAUGUCUAUGUGUCAGUUUUCUGUGCCUCUGCUGCUUCCUAAUUGUGACACAAAGCAGUGCACACUCAUGCUUUGGGCCAUGAGAGACAUUGUUAAAAAGUACAGACCUCAGAAACUGUUAGAGUCCAAGGGUUUUAUUGAAGAAAGGAUUGUUGUCUCUGAACUUCCAAUGAUAUCAUUUGUGAGACUGGGUGAGUGCUCUUUAUCCAAGUCUGAGACCCUCAAUAAGCUUCUCAGCAAUUCUCAGCAGUACCAUGACACCUUUAUUCACCAUAACAUGGAGUGUGGGGACAGUUCAAGGAGAAUAUCCAAUGGAUUGACUGAAGUUACUUGGUACCUUCCUUGUGGGAACAAAAACAUGGACAUUUUCAGUGAGCCAGUAGCUGUAGCUAACCUUCGUGGGGACAUUGCUUCAUUUGAAACACAAUUUUCUUUUUUGUGUCAGACAUCUGCAGCAGUGUUUGUGUUCUUUGACAAUUUGGACUCUGAGUGCGAGCUGCUUACCAACCAACACCACAAGGCACAGAUCUUCUUAGUGGGCAACCACCAAAGACAGAGCUUCAGUUUAGAUGCUCUAAAAAAGGUAGCAAACAAGUUGGGCUUGACUAAAAGCAACAUCCUUUUGAAGGCUAAGCACAUGAAUGAUGCAGACUUUAUCAAACUUCUGCAGAAAACAAUCAGCAAUGUAGUUGAGAACACAAAGAUGAAGAUGGGGAUUGAGCAGAUGGCUGACAUUGCCCAUGAAUUAGGUAUCUUGGUGGAUGAGGACUGUGCAGAGUGCCAGACUGCCAAGAAAAAUGCAGAUGCCAUCACUGCAGAAAUUCAAGACACCCUUAAAUACAAAGAAGCUCAGCUUCCCUUGCAGGGCCAAAUAUGGAAGGAACUGACUGUCUUAGAGAAGGAAGAAUUUCGCCUUCGAAAAGUUGGGUCUGAAAACAUAGAAAAGUACAAAAGUGAUCUUCAGAUACAGAAAAGAAAACUUCGGGUACAACAGAACUCUUGUGACAUGUCAAACGCUAUGACAUGUUUCAUCAAUGCAAUAUCAAGUCCAGGGAUAGAGAGGAGCUAUUUCCUGAAAUGGAUGCGAAUGAACCUCGAUAACCUGUCUCGAGAAAAACUGUCUGGCCUCCGGGAGCUGUACAAAAAGAAAUGUGAAAAUUCUGAGAACAAAGAGGAGAUCUUCAGCACACGAAUGUUCUUCCAGUAUUCAGUUUUACUGGAUUUGCUCUCAAAGGAUGACUUUGAAAACUAUAAGAGCUACAUUUGCUCAUAUGAAGAUCAUGUAAAGAAAUGGACACACAAACAAAUAGAGGAACACUUUUCAAAGGGUGAUAAAGUUUUUGAGUUUGAGGAUCGACAUGUUCUGUCAAGUAUCAACAGCAUAAAUGAUGCUAUCAACAAAGCUAAAACAGAAAAGAGUGGUAACGUGAAGACAUUUGUUGAAGAUGUCUGUCAAGAACUUGGUGAUAAACUGGUCAUUUCCCAGGAUGCUCUUGGUGCUUUCAUGAUCCUGAACAAUGCCGACCAGGAACAGUUUGCUCACUGGCUCACUGAGUGUGUGAAGGACAUGGCACAGGCUCUUAGAGAGAAGUUUAAAACAGAAACCAUCCAAAUAAAACUGGAAAAUCUUCUUGUGAAGCCCCAGAGCGAGCUUUUCUCUAAAGUUAUUGGAUGUGGGAAACAGUGUCCAUUCUGCAAAGCUCCUUGUGACGCAGGAGCAAGUAAACAUGGUGAGCACUUUGCUCAACUACAUCGGCCAGAGGGUCUGGGUAGAUUCAGGUGGGAUGGGACAGAAAAACUAGUCACUGACAUAUGCUCGUCCUUGGUGAACAGUGAUAUGCGUUUUCGCUGUAAUGGUACAAAAGGUGAAUAUCACCCUUACAAGAACUACAGAGAAAUUUUCCCAGACUGGAUAAUCCAGUCAGAUGUAAGUUUAGAGGCGUCAGACUACUGGAAAUAUGUACUGGCAAAGUUCAACAAGGAGUUUGCUAAAGCAUAUAAUGCAGAGCCUGCUGAUAUUCCUGAAACUUGGAAAACAAUCACACGUAAGCAAGCAGAAGCGAGCCUCAAAGAGUCGUUUAACAUCAAGUGAGAGAAGACAUGCUUUGUGAUUACAGAGGUGCACGUUACUCAUUACAUUCAUCCUCUCACGGAUAUUUUGAUCUCACUUGUUUUAUAUGACAAGAAGAAAAUUACAAGUAGUAACAUGCUGUAUAUAAUAUGACAUGGUUGAAGAUAUUAUCAGUAUUCCACAUAUUUUAUCAGUGACUUACAAGAAAUACAGAAAAUAUCAACUCCAAUUAGUCCUCUCCCUAAACUGAUAUCACAUUAAACAUGUUAAACAAAAAUAAUCUGCUUUACCUCUGUGUAAAUGUUGAUGAGGACAUUUUAAAAUACUUUUUCAUACUCUUAAUCAAUGUAGGGGUGCAUGUUAUAAACAUACUAAAUGUUUCCAAUUUGAUUAAAUCUGAGUUUGAAUUUAUCAAUUUUGUGUGACAGAUGAAGUCAUCAUAUUUUUUUCAUUUUUCUUUUACCAAGUAUGAUCUGAUAUGUAAUCUUUCAUUUUGUGAAAUAUCUAAUGUCACAUAUUUACAUAAUUCUUUUUUAAAUCGAUCUUUGUGUGGUUCUGUCAUAAUAUGAUUUGAGAUUGUUUACUUGGAAUUAAUUAAAAUGAAAUAUUUAACAUUUAUUAUGGAUCAUACAUUCCAUAUGUGGUGUUGUCAACAUGUACACAUUACUUCCUUGU